AUAGUAAUAUCUGUCUUGUGACUUUGUGUACCACAAUUUCUGUAUCUUUUAUUGAAGUUUACCAUGAGAGUAUAAAAUGAAAUUAUUAACAAUAGCAUAAAUAGUAAGGCUAUUUAUGCAUUAUUGAUAAUUAUGAGGAGAUUAAACAAAAAAUCGACGCUCAAAGUUGUAAAAGAACUAGAUGCAUUCCCAAAAAUUCCGGAGAGUUACCAGCAGACAACUUCGGCUGGAGGAACAGUCUCCAUCCUCUGCUUCCUCCUCAUCAGCAUUCUCGUCUUCAUGGAGUUUCGCUACUACAGCGCCACGGAGAUGCGAUACGACUACGAGGUCGACGGAGAUUUCUCGAGCAAGCUGAACAUCAGCGUCGACAUCACAGUGGCGUCGCGAUGCGAGAUGAUCGGGGCGGACAUACUCGACCUCACGUACCAGAAUGCUGCGAGUUUCGGCAGACUGAAGGAGGAGCUCACCUACUUUGAGCUGUCGAAGAACCAGCGUGCCUACUGGGACAUGAUACGCAGCAUCAACGGCUACAUUAAGGAGGAAUAUCACGCCGUUCACAAACUGCUGUGGAAGACUGGAUACGUGCAGUUUCCAAAUCGGCUGCCGGAGAGGGAGGAGAAACCGACCGGACCGCCGGACGCCUGCCGAUUCUACGGCGUUCUGACCGUCAACAAGCUAGCGGGAAACUUUCACGUCACAGCGGGAAAGUGUCUGAGAUCAGGGUCACUAACUCUCUCAAAUUGGUGUCCUAAGAUGUCUCAGAUCAGGGUGACUGAGGUGUCUCAGAUAGGAGGCCACAACAAUGACGCACGCACAAUAGACAAAUAUAAUCUCGGUGAGGUCGAGCGAGUGAGCGGCAUGCUUCACGCCUUCGUCGGCUUUCUGCUGGACAUCGUCUGCUGCCGCUACCGGCUGGGCCGUUACCGCGAGCAACCGGACGCGCUGCUCAGCGAGCACGUCCCGAUCUCGCAGCUCGGUAACUACGACGACGACGAGAUCAACGCCAUGUCGGAAGUGCCCCCUGGUGGCGUCACGUUUCUACCGCAGGCGCAACCGUCGCUAACGCACGGUGCUGCCAUCGAGUGGGCUCGCGCAGAAACUGACGGAUCGCUCACGAAUCCUUUCUCGCUCGCAGCCAAUCAGAUGUACCAGUACUUCAUCAAGGUCGUGCCGACGAAGGUCAACACGAACGCCGUGCGCACGGACACGCAUCAAUACUCCGUCACGGAGCGGGAGCGGGCGGUGGACCACGCGGGUGGCAGCCACGGCGUGCCCGGAAUCUACUUCAAGUACGACGUCGCGGGCCUGAAGGUGUCCGUCACCGAGCAACACAAGUCCUACUGGCAGUUCCUCGUGCGUCUGUCCGGCAUCAUCGGGGGCGUGUUCGCAACCUCAG